AUGGCGCCCCCAGGUCGAGGCAAAUCUGAGAUACCCGUUCAACGUGCUGUGAAAAUAGAUAUGGCCCCUGCCACCAUGUCGAAUCGGCCAAUCUUCGUUGCUACGCACCCACGUGCGUGCUCAACCGCCUUCGAAAGGGUGUUCCUGACUAGGCGUGACAUCCUGCAAUGCGCCCAUGAGCCUUUUGGUGAUGCCUUCUACUACGGGCCGGAACGGCUCUCGCAGCGCUUCGAGAAGGAUGAGGCUGCGAGAAAGGAGAGUGGUUUCUCAAAUUCGACCUAUCAGACGAUCGUGGACCGACUCGAGAACGAUGCCGCUGAGGGCAAGCGAGUGUUCAUCAAGGACAUGGCUUACUAUUGGUUUCCCCCAGACGGCAAGCCCGCCUCAUUAGCCCCGUCUCUCACGAAGGGCUUGAGCAAUGGACACACCAACGGCAAUGGCCACACAAAUGGGGUGUCUGAGAAUGACAACCCAACCGUGGUGCCGAAGGAGUUGCUGCAGAAGUUCCACUUCACAUUCCUCAUUCGGCAUCCCAGGAGAGCCAUUCCCUCAUACUUCAGAUGUACGGUUCCACCCCUGGAUGAUCUGACUGGAUUUCAUCACUUCAUGCCAAACGAGGCCGGAUACGAGGAGCUUGUCCGGCUCUUCGACUAUCUGCGCAAGGAGAAGAUUGUAGGUCCCGCUCUCGCGGAUGAUGUGAAUGCGGAUAAGGAGAACCAGACUCCUAUCACGCUCAUCGAUGCCGAUGAUCUGCUCGACAACCCAGAGGGCAUCAUCAAGGCCUUCUGCGAGCAAGUCGGCAUUGAGUUCUCGUCUGAUAUGUUGUCGUGGGACGAUAAAGAGAACCAGGAGUAUGUCUCAAAGGCUUUUGAGAAGUGGAGAGGAUUCCAUAACGACGCAAUUGAGAGCACCGAAUUAAAACCAAGGGCACCGGGUCACAAGAAAACACCUUCAGCCGAGGAUGAAGACGCGGAAUGGAGAAAGAAGUUCGGUGAGAAGGCGGCCAAGGUCAUUCGCGAAACCGUGGAUGCCAAUACCGCCCAUUACGAGUAUCUUAAGCAAUUUGUCAUGAAAGCUAAAUAA